AUGCUCACCUUGCCAGUAGAGCCAGGCUUCUCUAUGGGAAGUUUUAUAAUUGGAAUGCCAAUUUCCGAGGCUAUUCGGCACUUGAAGCAAUAUGUGGAGCAAAUUAAUCGAUACCCCAAAUCUUCCGAAUUAGUGAUGGUACAACAUUCAUCAUCCUCCAUUUCCUCCUCUCCUAAUUCAUCAUCCACAGAAAAUGUACCGUCCUUUUCAAUUGUUACACUCGAUGAACAAGUGAAUGAUGUGGAAAUUCUGUAUAAUGAAAAGGAGCCUCUCAAUAACGAUAUUAUUGUGAAAAUUGUGGAGGAAGAUAUUGUAUUAUACUUUGAAUCUCAAACACAACGUUUGAAAUUGAUUCAAAUUAAUAAUGUAACAAAAGUUAAAUUGUCCUAUAGUGGAACAAUAUUCAGUGGACCAAGCGUUGAUGCUAGUUUUGUAAAUAUUUACAAUGUCUUUGGUCCUACAUAUCCAGGCGAGUUCGACACAAAAUCGAACACCUACAUUUUAACCUAUCCAGGAUUGACAUUUGUCUUUCCAAUUCCUACCAUGUAUGCUCAUCUCUACAAGGAUGGACAAGAAAUGCCAAUAGAAUUUCCCAAUAACACCACUCCCAUCGCUACCACAAUUUAUUUAUUCCAUGGCCAUGACUUGAAAAAUCCGAAACUACCACCUGUGAAACCUUCCUCCAUGAGUGACUUGAAUGUGAACUCUACCAACGUUGAUGCGAGCCCUACAAGCGCUCAAUCCAAGCAGCAAAAAGCAUUUUCUGUAAAGUAUGAAAAUUUUAAUGACGAAAAGAAAAACAAAUCCAACAAGAAAGCUCUCUCACCACGAGAAGAAGUGAAUUACUACUUUGAGCCCAUUCAAGUAACUCUUGGAAAAGGUAUUGAGCUAUUGGAUAGAAAAAAAAAGAUUAAAUUUGGAUACACAGCACAGGACGUAUUAAUGAUUCUAGGACCUCCAGACAAAAUUUAUUACAAAAGAAAUGACAAGUUGAAAAUUCAUGCCAUUGGAGCUGGCCACCUCUCGGGACAUGUAGUUGGUAAUGAUAGAAAUUUGAACGGAGAAAAAACAGCCAAGCCAAAGGAAAAAUUCUUUGAAAAUGAUGGUGGCAUUAGUCUCACUACUUUGAUGGCUCCUUCCCUCAAAAACAGAAUUAAGCAAAAUGUGGGAAAUGACUAUUUUUAUAAUUACUUUUCAUUGGGAUUUGACAUUAUGUUCGGUGGAUCGACUCACACUGUACAGAAAAUAAUUCUUCAUACCAACGUGCCAGGAAGUGUUGAUUUUAAUGUGUAUGUGAAGUGUAAUUUUUCUAUUGCCACGAAUCAAUUUGAGGGACAGGAAAACAGAAAGAGAGCAUUUAUUGGACCCGAUGUUAAGUUUUCGACCGUUCAACAAUCGCUUGAAGGCACACCGUGUAGCAAACCAAUUGUGCAUGAUCAUACUCGAGCAAAUAAUCCAUUUGGCGGAACCAAGUUCUAUGCAUUCAAAAACUGUAUAUUCGAAGUCAUUAGUCGUAAUGAUCAUGUCAAUUCAGUGACUCUUUUCAAGGUAGACAGCUAG